AAAUAUCGGAAUACUUUCAUUUUCGUUUCAGCAUUCCGAGUUUUCUUUGUUUUGCGAUUUUGAGUAAACAGUGAAAAAUGCGACGGAAAACAUGCAUAGUUUGGAAUUAUUUCACGGCUGUCAGUGCUCAGGAUGCCUUUUGUAAGAUAUGUGGCAGGAAUGUUCGAUACCAUCGCUCUAACACGAACCUCAGGAGUCACCUAAGGGUAUGGCACCGUAAGAUUUGGUGUGAAAUGUCAGAUGAAAUGAAGAAUCAGUCCUCAAGAUAUAACUCGGUGUCAAAUGAGGAUGAUGAUGGAGACUUCCAGCAAAUGGAUAAUUUCAAUCCUGACUCCAUGACACCUUACACAAGCCUUCCAACUGUCGUGGAUGACCUGAACAUAAAUAAUGUCAGCUCCACGGAGUUCCGCAACCUUUCUCAAGAAGAAGAAGACCAUGAGCAACGGCAGCAACUCUCACCACACCCUCAUUCAUCAAUUCAACCCAAACCAACCCUUGGUAAAACUCCAUUACAGUCAGCAGAUGUGACUAAAGACAUUUACAUUCUACCAAAUUCCUCAAUUAGUGUAUCGAAUUCUUUGAUAACAGAAAAUAUAAACCUAUUGAACAGUUCAGACAGAACUAGCAUUCACCAGUUCCAUCAAAAGCCCGGAGAAGAACUUGGAGAAACAGAUCGAACACAGGACAGUGGUGUGAUAAGUAUAGAUGAUUGUGAUAUGAUAGAAUCAAAAGAUAUCAUUGCUGCCCAGAUUGAACUCCUGCACCCUUCACAGUUUGCAGUAAAUAAUGAAAAUUGCCACACCAGGAAUGGUGACAAUGAGAAAAACAUUCACGCCAAUCUUCUGCCAGACCUAGAAAUCUCCAACACAAUUUCCCACAGUUCCAGCAACUCUAUAAAAACGAACAGCAUCACCAAAUCUACUGAUGGUGAAAUUGAUUCUAUUGCUGAAUACUUCAAAAUCUGUGAUAACAGUACGCGACAGACCUUCCUUGAUGUAAUGCGAAACGACAGAGAUCAACAUGCAUUGGCUCUGGACAGCAUGAGUAGUGAGCUAAAAUCUGUGUCUAGUUUAUUGCAAGAAGUGCGGCAGAAGCAACAGAGGAAAAAAGACCGACUAGAAGAGUUACUUUCCGAAGUCAGUCAGGUACAAGCAGACUAUACUCUUCUAGAACAACGGAACACAGAACUAACGCAACAGGAGGCACAGCUUCAGGAUAAGCUAAAACAGUACAGCAAGAAAGUCUCGCUUUGUGACUCUGCUUUGAAUGCCAUGACAAAUGGCAAAGAACUUCAAAUGUCAGUAAAAUGACUUUAGCAGGAGAGAGAGAGAGUAGAGAACAUAAUUUUUGUGUUCUUUUCCAGAAUAUCUGAUAAACUUUGAAAUUUGUCACCACUA